AUGGCGACAUUUCCUCCAGGCCGCCGCUCGCAUCGGAAGUCACGCGCAGGGUGUCUGCAAUGCAAAAGACGAAAAGUCAAGUGUGAUGAAAACCAGCCACACUGUCGCAAUUGUGAAAGGCAUGGGGUAGUGUGUUCGUUUGCAGGCCCCUCAACCGUGCUCUCCACGCCCCAGCCAGACUUUGCGGAGUCACCUGUGUCACUAUCUGGCCGAGAAAGCGCAGGAUCAGGAAUCACUGCUCCAACAAUCUCAGUUCAACAUCAAACCUUGCCAAGUUUGCCUUCAUUGGCACCCUUCCCGACAACAUUAGCAGUUUUUGACCUGGAGCUUCUCCACCACUACACAACAUCAACAUGCUACACACUAUCCCGAAGCCCAGUAGUGCAAACUGUCUGGCGCGAUGAAGCGCCUUGUAUUGGAUUUUCAACGCCACCAGUCUUACAUAGCCUGCUAGCGCUUUCUGCCCUGCAUUUAGCGCGCUCCGAUGAAUCCCGGCGCGCAAGCUGCCUGGCACAAGCACAGAUGCACCACAGCACCGCAGUGCGGGAGAUGAUCCCACUAGUCUCGCCACUCGCGCGAGAUAAUGGCGCCGCACUAUUCAUGUUCUCUUCUCUGACGUGUAUGUUUUCCUGCGCGAAACCCUCCGAAGAAGGCCACUUCUUGGUCCUCUUUGAGCGAGGCGAUUUAUCCGACUGGGCGCGUUUCUUCCGGGGAACAAAAACCGUCAUCCAUAGCGGCGGAGAGGAUCUGGUCAACGGGAGGCUGGCGCCGAUUUUCACGAACGGGACCUUUUUAGCGGCGGCUCACCGCUCGCCACAGGCGCUUGAGCAGGGCAAGCCGUAUGUUUGGGAAUUACAGAAGAUGAUGCAGAAGGAGUGCUCGACUGAGCCGGCGCUCCGGCAUGUCUACCAAGCGGCGUUGGAUGAAUUGGCGCGGACAUUGGGGCUAACUAUAAAGCCUGGAGGGAUGCGGAGGCUCGAGACUGCGGAUGUCUUCCGGUGGCUUCUUGAUGUUUCUGAUGAUUAUCUUAAUCUUCUGAGACAGGAAGCGCCGAUUGCGCUAAUUAUCUUCGCGCACUGGUGUGCGUCAGUUCGUCAGAUCGAGUGGAUGUGGUGGAUGGAGGGCCUCAGCUCGCGCCUCAUGACACAGCUUUACUCUGUGUUGGAUCCAAAAUAUCGAGAGUGGCUUUGGUGGCCCCAGAAUAUUAUCAAUGAAGAACAAGAAAGAGCGGAUUAG